GGAUAGUCUGUUUGGGUGGUGUUUGUUAUGGUUUGUGUUUUGGGUUCAGAGUCUGGAUAUCAUGAGGGUUUUUCAGCAUUAAACUCACCUGACUAUGGAGAAGGUCCGAAGGAUUCUAGUUCAUCUGUCGAAGGAAAACGCCGCUCCGCAGUGCGCUCGAUUCCUGCAGAGCAUAACUGGACACUUUGUCGGGAGUGCUGAGGAUCAGGCGACCGUGAGCUGCUCUUUGGAGAAUAACAGAUUUAUUUUAGGUGACCGGCUCUGUGAUGGAGGAGUUCCUCUGAAGAGGGCUUCGUUUUGCCCAAUCAAGUACCUGUCAGACUCGGAGGCUGUUUCUCUGCCCUCGGAGACCCUCAGCCGAGGGGUGGAUGUAGGCGUGGCCGUGCUGCUGCAGUCAGCCAAUCAGAAGCUGUUGCUGACGCGGCGCGCCACCAGCCUCAGGAGCUUUCCUAAUGUUUGGGUUCCUCCCGGUGGCCAUGUGGAGCUGGAUGAGAAGCUCCUGGAUGCUGGGCUGCGAGAGCUGCAGGAGGAGACGGGUCUGAAUCUGAGUCCUGAUGAGAUCUGCUCUCGUCUGCUCGGUCUGUGGGAGUCAGUGUAUCCGCCCAUGUUGACUAUAGGACUGCCUAAGAGACAUCAUAUUGUGACUUACAUACUUCUGAAGAGCUCUCAAACACACCUGCAGAUUCAGGCUAGUUUGCGUCCGGAUCCUGCUGAGGUGAGCGCGUGUGUGUGGGUCGAUGCAGAUCUAGUGAAGGCUGUUGUUUCUGCUGUAGACGGUGAGAAAGAGUGUGUCCAAAUACCAGCUGACCUGCCAGAGAGCAUCAGUGUGACGAAGGUUUCUCCAGACGGUGAGAUGAGCGAGUCUUCUCUGCCGGUGUCUGUGCUGUGUAACCGGGCCCCGGAUUACGGCGAGGACAUUGAACGCGUGAGCACUGGAACCAAAUUUGCCUUAGAACUGUGGUUAAAAACACUGGAGCAUCACGCUGAGAUGGGCUGACGACUUCUCCUGUAUGGUACCAUUUAACAAGUGCCUUGAAAAACACAGCGCCACCUGCUGGACUGGAGCUAUUCCAUGUUGUUUGGGCACAACAUACAAUUUAACAAUUUUGUCAAAACUGAAUUAUUGUACCAGUUUUUAUUAGAAUGUUACUUUGUAAUCACUUGAAUGUGUGUCAUUGUGGCAUUUUCCAAUGUUUAAUAUUAAUUACAACAGAAAUAAUAUCUCGAUGUACCACAAAGUGGAAGUCUUUUUCCUUUACAUCAACAAUCAACUACAGAGGCUUUGUUUGAAAGCUUGAAAUUUGCUUGAAUUUGCUUGAAUUAUUUAAAUUUGUUGAGAUUAUACAUAAAUAUUGAGUGUCUUGGUAACUCCCAAUAAUCAGAUGCUCUCAUAUUUGAAAUAAACUGUUAAUAGACUA